ACCCUUGGGGCCAGAUUUUUAAAAAUGAAGACUGGCUCAACGCCGUAAUGAACAUAACGUACGACGAACCGAUUUCGCCGCCUGUCCCUGUUCUGAUAGGCCACGACAUUUUUAAACUUUACGAAGGGAGUAGUGAUCAAGUAUACCUUAUGCUUACCACAAACGAUUGGGGUGGCGAUGUCCAAUAUGCCAAGGAGCAAAUCUUUGACUCAUUGAGACCGCAUUCGUACGACAACGAGUCGCACGAAGUUCAUAUCAAAGGCACCAAUAUAACAAUCGCGUUGGAAAAACAUAUCGAAGAGCUAGAAUUGGAAGAACCCCGGAAGUUGUUUCAUAUCGCGGGUAGUUACCCGGAAACCGCUGCUUUGUACUACAACGAAGAGUUGCCGAUCAAAAUUGGCACCGAUGGAAUAGGCGGAACCCGGGAUAACGAUCACUUAUCAAUUCAGGAUUUGUCGACGAUUAUGUCUAAAUUUAGGGACGGGAAGCCAGUUAUGAGAAUGAUUUUGAAACGAAAGGCAACCACAAGAAAUGAAAGGAAACCUGUGCCACUCUUCAUCUUGCCCUUAUCGCCCGAGGUUUCAGCCGACUUCUCCUGCGGCAUGCAAAAGCCGUGA